AUGAGCAACCCCUACUACAAUGGCGCCAACUCGGGCUCGUACGAAAUGAGCUCGUACAAAUACGGCGAGGACGACUUUGUCGCCUUCAUGAACGAAAUCCAAGACAUCAACGCCCAGUUGGACAGUUACGCGGGCUUGGUUGAACUCAUCGCCAACAAGCAAAGAGCCCACUUGCAGGACUUGGACUUGACCGACGAAGAGGCCGACUAUGCGGCCAAACAGAUUGACGCGUUGGUUUUGGAGGCGCUGAGCCUCCAGGCCGAGUUGAAGCUGCGCAUCAAAAACGUCCAGACCCAGGCGGCGCAGCUGGGCAGCCAGCAGAAGAUCGACCAGGCCGAGAGCGCCAGAAACAAGUUCCUCGAGCACAUCCAGAAGUACCGCUUGAGCGAGAGCAACAGCCGCGAGCAGACGCGUGUCCAGGCCGAGAGACAGUACCGCAUUGUCAAGCCCGAUGCCACCGACGAAGAAGUUCGGGCAGUGGUCGAGGACGGCAGCGCCAACCAGCAGAUUUUCCAGCAGGCGUUGAUGCAGCUGAACCGCCGCGGCGAGGCCCGCACGGUGUUGAACGAGGUCCAGGUGCGCCACCGCGAGUUGUUGAAGUUGGAAAAGACCAUGGCCGAGUUGACCCAGUUGUUCCACGACAUGGAGGAGUUGGUGAUCGAGCAGGACCAGCCCAUCCAGCAGAUCGAGCAGCAGGUGCACGACGCCCAGCAUGACAUUGAGCAAGGUGUGGGCCACACGCAAAAGGCCGUGGUGUCGGCCAAAAAGGCUCGCCGGAAGAAGUUGUGGUGUUUCUUCAUCAUCUUGCUUAUUGUGGUGAUUCUCGCGCUUGUGUUGGGUAUUUACUUCGGCACCAAGUAG